AUGACAGAGGUGGAGCCGGUUUUGGACUUUGCGUCAUCGGGCCGCUCUGGCCGCCGGAAUGCAUUACCUGACAUUCUGGGCUCUCCCGCCGGGGUCAACCCCACCGACCUGCCACUCAAACUGGCUGAACUGUCUCUCACAGAUGGGCCAGGAGGGGCCCAGUCCCCAAGCACAGAGGAGGCUCCCACCCCCACAGAGAAUCCUGAGGAAAAGAAGGGCUCUUAA